UCAUAUCACUAAAAAGAUAAACCUUGUCACAAUCAUGCAUGAUGGAAAGAGUGGAGAAUGAGGGUGUGAAUGUAGGAAUUCCAGUAGAUAAAAAGCCCAAGAAAGAAGCAGCAAUCAGUACUUCGAUGAAGAAAAUCACCGUUGGAGGUUCAAGAAAAGGGUGCAUGAGAGGCAAAGGCGGGCCAGAAAAUGCAUUUUGCACCUACAGGGGUGUUAGGCAAAGAACCUGGGGGAAAUGGGUAGCUGAAAUUCGUGAGCCAAAUCACGGUGCAAGAGUUUGGCUAGGCACUUUCAACACCUCUUAUGAAGCCGCCAGAGCCUACGAUGACGCAGCCAAAAGGCUUUAUGGCAAAUGUGCUAAGCUGAAUUUACCAGAAGAAGAUCAACCCCCAUCCCCUCCCAGUAGUUCAUCAGUUGCUUCAGCAGCGUACAGCAAUAAUACGGGGUAUAAAAACGGCCAAGACUUGACCAAUGAACAUCAAUCUCCUGAACUCGAAGACAAGAAAAAUGGGACUUCUGUUCUUGAUGAAGUGUCCAUUUUUAAGGAUAUAAAUGGAGAGUUUGCCUUUGACGAGACUCCCGCUCCCAGCCUGCUUGGUGAGGAGCAGAUUCUGAAUUGGCCUGAAUAUCCAUUUGAUAAUGGUUUUCAUUGGUCAAAUGAUGGUGGAAUUAGUGUUGGUGGAUUGAUUGAUCAUGCUGUGGUUUACAAGUUCCUCGGACCUCCUAAUUAGUACAUAAUUGAUAGGAAACUGUCCUCAAUCAUCCUGUAUGUGUAUAAUAAAUGUGUGCUGGAGUGUGUACAUAUGACUAGUACUAGCUAGCAGGGUAAUAUCGUUCAUCAACAGCAAAACCAAAAACAAAAAGAAGUAGAAAUAUCGUUCUGAUGAAGACUGAAGAAAUGCUUUAGUUUUUGCUUGUGUUUUGCUGGUAUUGAUUUCUCUUUCUUCCUUUUUUAUUUGGGCAUUUUUCCUGUGUCGAACGGAGGCCUUUUUGCAACAAAAUUGUUCUAGCCUCUUCUUCGGGACGGUCGAAGGCUGCUGGAUUUGUUUUUCAUUGUUUGGGUGGAUUGGUGUGGUUUUUUUUGGUCCUUCCCUUCA